AUGGGCGUGGACGGCAGCCUCUGCACUCACUUCAUGUAUGGCUUUGCCACGGUCACUCCAGAUUUCAUGCUGAAGAGCAACGACCCCAAUGCAGACCACCCCAGCGGGCACGAGGGCCAGGACGGCCUUUGCCCGGAGGCGUGCAAUGAUCCAGCCUUCAAGCCAGACUGGAACGACCCCAAUGGCCUGCGUUGUGAGUGGCCCUGCUCUCCCACCCGCGUGCUUCGCGGGUACGAAGCGCUGACGGUGGGCAUGAAGGAGAAGAAUUCGGCCAUCAAGGCUCUGAUCAGUGUGGGCGGCUGGAACUUCAACGACUGCAGCGCCAGCUCGUCGGCAACGUACGGGCAAGGCGCACAGACCUGCGAGCUCUUCAGCGAGAUCGCGGCAUCUGCAGAGAAGACCCGCACCUUUGCGGCCAACAUCAUCGCCUUCUGCCGAAAGUGGGGCUUCGAUGGCUUCGACUUGGACUGGGAGUACCCCGUUGUUGAGGGCCACAACCGUGUGGGUGGUGGCGAGAGCCAAGAGGACUAUGCACACUAUAUCCGAAUGCUGCGGAUCCUGAAGGAAGAGUUUCAGAGGGAGUCCUCCACGCCCUUGCUCCUCACCGCCGCCGUGGGCGUGGGAAAGUCGACAGCGGACACGGCCUACGACAUCCCGGGCAUGAGCCAGUACCUUGAUCUCAUCAACCUGAUGACAUAUGACAUGCACGGGGCCUGGGAGGACACCACCGGGUGCAACGCGCCCCUGUAUGCAACCGCCGAUGAUGAGCUCAAAGCAGGCUAUCCUCUCAGCGUCUCCUGGGCCGUGGACUACUGGCUCGAGAAGGGGGCGCCGGCCUCCAAACUCGUCCUUGGCUUGCCAACCUACGGCCGCGGCUGGAAGCUCUCGGGGGCCGACACCGGCUUCAAUGCCCAGGCUUCCGGGCCAAGCAGCCAAGGCACCAGCACAGGCCAGGAGGGGUACCUGGCUUACUACGAGAUCCGCGACAUCGAGGAGAAGGGGGCCACCCCGGUGUUCGACUCUCAGCGCGUGUGCGCCCACGUCGUGAGCAACGGCGAGUGGAUCGGCUACGACGACGAGCAGACGAUCUGCGCGAAGCUCGCGUUUGCCCGUGAGAAGGGACUGGCGGGCUCCAUGGUGUGGGCCCUGGAUUUGGACGACAUGGACGGCAGCUUCAGCGACAGGCCCUACCCGCUCAUCUCCCUCAUGAGCACCGGCGGCAGCACCUGCCCGGAGGGCAGCUCGAGCCAGCGUCCCACCACCGACUCACCGAGCACCACGCAGGGGCCCAGCACCACCGCCGGGUCGAGCUCGACCACCGUGCAAACCACUCAGCCAACGUCCAGCUCCACCACCACGUCGACGACGGAUGCGAGCACGACCGCGUCUGCGACGUCCGGGACAACCACGACCACGACCACAACCACUACGACCACAGCCGGCACGGGAGGCGGCAGCCGCUGCAUCCGCAACCCGGACUGCGACGUUAAUCCCUGGUGCCGCGACAAUGGCUACGUGAGCUGGUGCUCCGCCAACGGUGCGAGCUGUCCCUCGCCGAUGUGCACGCGGGCCGGAGCACCGGCCAGCACCACAACGACCACGACCACCACAACCACCACGACCAUGUCAGCAACGACUGCCACCACCACGCCCAGCGUAUGUGCUGCAACAGCCGAGGCCAAAGCGGCGGGUUUCGGCGCAAGCGACGCAGCUUGCGCCGCUGCCUGCCAGAGCCUCCCAAGCGGCAUGUGGCCCUGCGGCGCGGGAGGCCCUUGUGUUUGCUGA